AGAGAAUCUUGUUUGGAAGAGCGCCAUUCGAUAAACGAUUGCAGAUGUGAACGGAGCGUUUACAACAUGGCGCAGUCAGUAGACGAAUUCACUGGAAAUCCAAACAAGAAGAAGCGGACCAAGCAAAACGAGCUGAUGAGGGAACUCGAGUUAGAAAGAAACAGAAACGCGCGACUUUUGGAGGAGCUAAACGCAAGCCAGAAGAAGACCGCUGAGCUCCAAGCCAACCUUGAUUUGUCGUCAGUCGAUUUGACAAAUGGGUUGAGCAGCACCAAGCGGCCGUCUUCAGUAUCGAGCGCCGAGGAAUCGAAAUUUUAUUCGUCCAUGAACCAGCUUUGCCUCGCGUCGCUUAACGUGCCGGAAUGUACGCCGUCCGAUGAAGGCGACAUCCAUCGGCAGACGUUCGAACAGUGGAAGGAACUGCUGUUGGACAAUUUAAGACUUGCGGGCGUAGACGACGAGCUGACGAAGUUCACCGUGUUCCGAGUCAAAGCCGGCAACCGUUUGCUGGAAAUAUUCCGUAACACCACAACGCAGGAAGGUUUUGCUGACCCCGAGACGCACCCGUUUACAAACGCUAUGCAAAGACUGCGAAGUUAUUUCGGGUCGGGUUCCGACGUGAUGCUGAUGAGGCGUAGGCUGGCUCUUAUGUUCCAAAAGGCAGGAGAAACGGACCUCGCGUUUGUUAAUCGAGUGGGAUCGAUCGCGCGACUGGGUGAAUACGAUAAGGACAAGGAGUUCGAAGAGAUUGUGGGCGCUGUGGCCGAGCACGCAAGGGACAAAGAAGUUCGCUCGGCGGCACUGAAGUUGUUGAGCCGCAAAGGUAGUGUGUCUGAGCUUAUCGAUAAAGUACGAGAAAUUGAAGCCAUUCGACUGAAUGAGGAGUACGUUAUGCAGAAACGAGGGAAUGUCGAGUUUGCGCAGGUAGCAGCUGUUGAAUCAGGACGCUGGGCUGGUAACCAACAGCAGCGAUAUUACAACCCAGACGGCUACGGCUACCAACAGGAUCGGUGGCAACGCAGUGGAUAUCCGUCUCCACGAGGAAAUCCUUACCAACGAGGAAAUUCGUACCAACGAGGACACCCGUACCAACGGGGACAGUCUUAUCAGAAGGGUAAUUCGUUCCAACGAGGACAGUCGAGUGGCCGCCGGGGUGGACAAUCUCCGAAGUUCGCGGCGCCGCCCAAAGCACCUGAUCAUAAGGUCGAGGCCCAGGAAGCACGGAAGGAUUGCUGCUGGCGUUGCGGUGGUCAAUUUCAUUCGCCGGAUAAUUGCACAUCGAUCAACAAGAUUUGUGACAAGUGUGGCCGCAGAGGACACAUCCAGAGGGCUUGUGUCGUGGGUGGCAAGCGGUCGGCAACAGAAGGGUUGGAAAAUAAUCCUCGUGAAGUCGCCGCAGUUGAGAAGGAGGACGAGCGGGAUGAAAGUUCAGUAAGUAACAAUGCUGAGUAAUCGAUCAACAAAGCAAGAAGCUUGAUUUAUACUUCAAAUGUCAUUCAAAUAUCACAAAAAUAAGUUGUACCACUAAAAAAAAAAAAAAGAAGAAGGAAUCAAUAAUAAAAAGAUGAACAGACUUUGAAUGUGUCUUUUAAUUUCUAAAUGGCAUGAAAUAUUAAUAUA